AAUCGCGAGAAAACGGGAUCAAUAAAAUCUCCAGGUCUCGCGCAUGACGGCGUUUAUUUUACGAAUUUCUUAAGGUUAUGAGAUGAGCCCGUAAAUGUAGAAGCCCGUGUUGCGUCGGAUGCGAGCAGGUAAACAACACAACAGAUUCAAAUUAAAUGCGGAACAAUGUUCGAAGGUGCCAUCGCGGCGUUCUUGAAUCGGCUUCUGGGCAAGUACAUCGAGGAUUUGGAUACCGAACAGUUCAACGUUGGUAUCUUCUCUGGCGAUACUUGCCUUACCGAUCUCAAGCUAAAGCCUGAGGCAUUGUAUCAACUUGGUUUGCCCAUUAAAGUGGAGGUUGGUCUGAUAGGGAGAAUCGUUUUAAAGAUACCAUGGUCUGGACUAUUUUCUCAACCGAUUAUCCUCUGCAUCGAGGAUGUUUAUGUAGUAGCCGUGCCUGCUGCUUAUGGCCCGUACGACGCAGAAGUACAAAAGAAAUUGUUGAGGGCAGAGAAAAGGAAAAUAUUAGAGGAUUUAAAGGAAGACGAAGCGUUUAAAGCAGAGUUGUUUGAUAAUUUACUGGCAUCUGUGACAAAAAACUUCCAAAUUAGUAUAAAUAAUGUACAUAUUAGGUAUGAGGAAAAGCUAAAUGGGUCUCUAUGCGCUUGCGGCAUCUGUAUUCAAAGUAUAUCAGUCAUGACUACAAAUAGUAAAUGGAAACCUGGCGUUUGUGGUAGUAAUUCAAAUACAAUUUAUCAAUUAAUAAGAGCAGAGUCCUUGAGCAUAUACAUGGACCAUGAUUCAGAGUCUGCUCUUGCAAGCACAAGGUGUGAUUGGGACAUGUCCAGCCUCCUGGCAUGGAAAACUACAAUGCACAGAGCUUUGCAAACUUUUGGCAUGAAGAACAAAGAGUUUCAGUUUUUGUUAAAGCCAUUUACCGCGAAGAUCAAAGUAAUUAUACAUAAAGGAAAUGAGACACAAACAUCUCGCAUGUUGGUCGACAUUGUGCUUCACGACGUGGCAAUGCAAGUUUCUAAAGUGCAAUAUAUUACUUUCUGUCAUCUUUAUAAUUCAGUAUUACGCGCGAUAAUCAACAAACCGUAUGUAAGAUAUCGUCCGAGCGACGACGUCAAGGAAAAUCCAUCAGCUUGGUGGAAGUAUGCUUAUAACUCUAUUUUAGAUAACAAUGUGAGGCCCUACACAUGGGCGAGAAUCAUUGAGCACAGAAAGAACUACAGGAAGUACAAAGAAGCAUGCCUGCAGAAUUUGCUUCGGCCAAACGAUACAGAGCUAAAGCUGGACUUGCAAAAGUACGAAGAUUGCCUGACUAUAUUGAACAUGGUAAUAGCUAGAGAGCAUGCUAAGCAGGAAUUGAAAAAUAAAACUAUCGAGGAGAAACGUCAAAACAUGAAUACCGAUAUUUCAGUAGAAAGUGUGGCAGGAAAUGCAACUUUGAUUAAACAGGCGCAAAUUAACGAUACUGAUGAGCAAAAGAUUAAAGCAUCGUUGCAUUAUAUUAGCAACGAUUCAGGAAGGAGGAUAAAAUUGGAGAAACUACCUCAGCCAAUUGAUUACAAAUUCAAUUUUACUUUAGCAAACUGCUGUUUGAGCCUCUUCAGCCAUGACAGAGAAAUUCUUGUCGUAACUGUAACCCAACUCUUGACGAGCGUGGAGAUACAACCUCUGUUGUCUGCAUUCAAAGUGUCUGCAAGAGCCGAGAGUUUCGUGAUCGAGGGUGUCUCCGCUGAAGGUGAUUUAGUGCCGCUAAUCACGGUCGACAAUGUUUUAACAGGAAAUGUUUCGAGUAACUUUUUGGCAAUAGAUUUUGAGAAGAACAGAGAAAACGUGGAUCCGACGUUCGACGUGUCCAUAAAGCUGGAAGCUAUAGAAGUGACUUACUACCAUCACGCCAUGACAGAGAUCGUUCAAUUCUUCAAGCUUGAUGACUCGAACAUGCAAACGACAAUUCUGUGGGCGUACAAAUUGUACAAAUACGCGAGAAGGAAUUGUUUGGUGUUGGUAGAUCAUAUUAUGUCUCAAACGCUUCGGAUUAAUUUCAAAGUGGACGUUAAAGGGCCGUAUAUCGUGUUUCCUGAGCACGGAUCGAUACAGAAAGGUGGACACAUUCUUAUCGUGGAUUUUGGUAAUGUGACUUUGUCCAACGAGCUACAGGCUGUCAAUUUGCAACUCGAAGACGCGACGCUCAUGGAGUUGGAGGAAUUACUUUACGAUAGAAUACACGUCGAGUUUUCUGGCGCGCAAAUUCUAUUUUGUCAUUCAGGGGACGAUUGGAGAUCAGUCAGAAAGAAGAAAGAUUCCGAGUAUCACUUUUUACCAAAGAUACAAGCAACUACGACCAUUUCAUGCAGUAUAAAGCCAGAGUAUCAUCAGUUACCAAGAAUCAAGGUCAACGUUUCCAUUUCGAGUAUCAAGGUCAAUUUAUCAGAGAACAAGAUACGACUGAUCGUUCAUUUCCUCAACUUGCUAACAUUGGCGUACCAACAGAGCGUGGAGAAGUAUGAAGGCGAUUUGAAACAGUAUGCUUGUAAGAAAGAUCCGGACCAGAUCUUCACGUCGAUAAGAGAGCUCAGAGGUGUGCAACGUAGCGUGUGCCUAUCGUCGAUCGAGAUGAUACAAAACAAGAUUACGCACGUGACCAAGGAACUUCUGACGAGUCACGUUCAAAAACUCGAUAGAAGCGUCGUGUCCUCCGAGGUCAGUGAAGAGGAUUUGGAAUUGCUGUCAAAGACUAUAAGCUUGUCUGGAUUUGACGACAACGUGUCCCCGUAUAAUCACAUCAAUUUCUUGUUGAGAUUCGCUAUUGGAGAGUUGUCUGUUCAUUUGGGAAUUAUCCAUUAUGGAAGAGAGGAGCCUUAUUUGAACUUGAGACUGCACGCUUUGUACUGUGAAACCGCGAUAAUGCAGUACGGACCAGCCGUGCAAUUUGGCAUAGGAUCCAUUCUUUUGGUAGAUAAAACAAACGCCGGGGUAACUGGCUCAUAUUUGGAACUAAUAUCCACCGAAGAACCGCACGAAGUUUUUGUUUUAUCGUAUCGAAAGGUCAAAUCAAACUGCCCUGACUUCAAAUCCCACUUCAAAAGUAUCGAACGAUCUCUCGUUGUAAAUAUAUUGAAUGUUAACAUAAAUUUAUAUAGACCUGCGCUGUUGAAAAUUCGGAAAUACUGGUACAAUUUAGUUAACAUUUUUGAAAACAACAAUCUCCUCAGUUUCAUGGAGAGCAUGUGCCACAGAAUUGCACAUUGGAAAGCGAAAGAGGAUGAUCCACCUAUCCCACCUGGCGCCAUCAAGUUGAAUUAUUCUGCUCGACUUAGCGCCCUCGUUGUGCGAUUUUGCGACAAGGACCUCGACUUGAUAGAAAUACAGAUCUUGGGAUUGGAGAACGAUUGCAUUUACAACGCCAACGAAAGGAUGGUAUUACGCGCGCACCUUAGACACCUGUCGAUUGAAGAUCUGAACGAGGACACGCUUUACUCAAAGAUUUUAACCACGGAAGAGGACAGGGUUCUCGACUUGAAGUACGUGAGACACAUGCCAAAAUUAUACAAAUGUUCGGACAUCGACACAAAGCAGGACGACGUGAUGUCGGACGGGACGUUCAAGCUUUCCGUAGGAAGAAUGAACUGCGUGCUCACUUGCAAAAUUCUGUACGACCUGAAGUAUUUUCUAGCGCCAUUCGCCUCCACGCACAUCCUACGAUUGAGAGAGUACCUGACCGAGAAACUCGCCGGUGGAUUCGAGGCGUUCAAGAGAAGCGCGACGAAGCUGCACAUGUUCAUCGACAUCCAAGGCCCGGUAUUUUUACUACCGCAGCGUAAGGAAGUACCGAGUCUGUUGGUAUUGAACACAGGCGUACUGUCGGUGGAGAAUUUCUUCAAGAAGAUCGACCAGUCGACGCAGAGCGUUAAAACCACGUCCGGUGGUGACACGAACCAGAUAACGAUCGACAAUAUCUUGAUAAAAUUGAACAACGUGACCGUGUCCAGGGCAAUCAUGACGCUUAGCCGCGAUUUGGAGAUUCAAGAACCGAUUGUCGAGCCGGUGCACGUACAUUUCGACAUCAAGAGAAAAACCGAGUAUCGUAGCGCAAUGGAGUUUCAGACUUGUGGUCUGUUUAACGUGCAAGGCACCAUGGAUUUUGUAUACGUGAAUCUGAGCCAGAAAGAUCUAAAGUCUAGCAUACUGGUGUGGAAGGACAAUAUCUCCAAGAUCAUUCUGUUCAAGGACACGUAUCUCAACGAGACACAGUCUGCAAUGGCGGACCGAUUGAAGAGGAUCAACAACGAGGACGCAAUGGUGAGGAAGCUGGAGGAUUUCCUCACGCAGAAUGAAAACUCUGUGUGCGAGGUUAAUGCGAAACUAAGCCUGGAAGGAUUGCAGUUGAAUCUGUUUCUGGACUCGGAGGAGGUGUUGAGCUCACCGGUUCGAGACUUGAAUCGCGGCCUGUGCAGGCUAACGUUUGGCGAGGUGAUCAACACGUACGCGUUUUACAGCGACAAGAGCCUGAAAAUGAAACUGUCGCUUCAAAGCUGCCUGCUGCAAGACACUCGAAAGGACUCUCAGACUAUAAGAAAAAUAAUCCAGUCACCAGCGAGACAAAUCGGCAUGCAGCCUGAGUCUUGCAUAUCCAUCUCGAUGUCUCCCAUCGUCGACGUCACAUACACUCGCACGCCAGCCGGAGAGAAAUGCUACGACGCGCUUAUCCAGGAGGUGAGGGUGAACCUGUCGGUGCCGUUCGUGUUGCAUCUGAUCCGGUACGUCAUGGACUCCUUCCCUGGCGACCAAGUCGACGAAGGGAUCGUUAAUCACGGAUAUGAGAAUAACAACUCCGCGACAAACAAAGACGUUACUACGGAUAAAAGUAAACUAAAAUAUGCGCAAUAUUUCACAGAGGAGCCAGAUGCCUCGGUGUCCGUGAGGAUACACAAGCCAGAGAUCUUGCUUUUUGGGAACCUGAGGGCGAGCAACGCGCACGUGAUCCUGCUGCAAGCGGAGGUGUCGAUCGAGAGCAGCAGACACAAUUGUUCGUCGUCGAUCAUUUACACGCUCAGCGACGUCCGUGCCAAGUCGAAGAAACAGGGGAACUACUCGCACCAUGUCCCCUUUUGGUUACUACGGCCGUGCGACGUCGAAAUCUGCAGAAGGGAGGAGGCGCCCGAGUUCAACGUCAAUUAUACCGUCGCUGUGAACAAAAUUGACGUUCACCUCUCUGCGGAGAUCAUGCAUACGUUCAUUAACAUACUGAACGAAGCUACAAGCUUUGCAGACAGUAUCAACGUGAAGUUGGAGGAUAGGUUCGCAGCUCAGGACUUCAACAUGCACAGUAAUCUGUGGACGCCAAAGAAAAUUUCGAACAUACCAUACAAAAAGUUGCACAACGAUGAUUCACACUUGAUCUGCGAAGACAAUGACCGCGUGCUGACGCUCAACUUGAAACCGGUGAUACUGUGCCUGCUGUUGGAGAUAGAAUAUUCGAUGGAACGGUUUCCUGUCAUAAAGGUGGAGAGCGUGAUCACAGCCUCCGUGAACGAUUGGCUGUCUUUUGAUCUGGAGUCAAGCGUGAAGCUCCACGCGUUCUGUUACAACAUGGAUUACAAAAAUUGGGAACCUCUGAUCGAUUUGUGCUCGGAGGACGACGCGAGUUACAAGUCGUGGGAGUUGACGAUAAAAAUGCGCCACGGUGAGGCGUUCCUGGUGAAUUCGAACCCGACCGAUUCGUGCCAGCACAUAAAACAGGAUGCCUUGAAAGUGAAGAAAAAGAAUCUUAGAAAUACCGAUCAGGAUGUCACGGACAUGGUCUUCAUAAACCCGGACCACUUGAACGUAACAAAGUCAAGCGAAACAGAAAUGUAUUCGACGUACGAGGAAGACUCCGACACGGACGACGAGGAAGGGCAGAAGAAGUUGAGCAGAACUUCCAACUAUUUGUUCAAUAGCAACAGCAGCGGGGACGAGGAGAGCGACAGCGACGACAGCAGUACGAACGAGGACGAGGGACUAGAAUUGACGCCGGAGUGUAACGUGGACUCUUUUGGUCCGCUUGGCCGUGAGUCGAUAAAGUCCAACGACAUAGCUGUGUACAUCGUCGUAUCAGCGGAGGAGAAGCUCAACGUGGUGAUCACACCCAAUUCGAUCAUCGUGAUGGACAUCAUCGCCAGUGCGUUUCAACAGGCUGCCAGCGGGAUACCGACCAUGCCCACAGGCAUGAAAAAACUGAACCUUCAAAACGACAUCGGUCACGAGAGUCGGAUAGAGCUUCUUGUCCCAGACGAGGAUGACGAGAACGCCACUCGAGUUAUUGCCAGCCAAGACUAUCACGACGUUAGUCCACCAGCGAGCAUUCCCAGCAGUCCAGAAGCGGAGGCUCACUCCGGACAUGCAAGUCCCCGGCUGGUUGACAACGAGAUGGACUUUGCCGAUCCAGAUGCUAGUCUGCAGAGUCAGUCGGUGCCAAUGCAGGAGAUAUUCGAUGAGGACUCCUCGAUCGGUGUGUACAAGACCAUCACCGGUGAGGUCUUGCGAAUCGUUUUCAAAGAAUUUGAAGAUGUGCUGGUGUAUUGUCCCAAGAGGCAGGGUUGCAAUUUGAUCCCGCUGCGACCCAUUAGACACGAAGUCCGCUAUCAUUUGGUCAUAGAGGCUACCAUUAACAAUUAUUUGUACCGCUCGAUCACCGUGCGAUCACCUCUGCUGUUUCGAAACGAAACAUCCUACGCGCUGGGCCUCUACUACAAAAAGUCGCUGCUGGACAAACUGGGGCUGACGUGCACUGGCAAGCCCACGAAUCCUUUCGACGACAACAUCAGGAUGACAAUCAUCGAGCCCGAUUCCACUUACAGUGUUCCUCUAUACAUAGCUUACCACUUCCCUGUAUACAUACUGCCUGCAUAUUUAGAAAAGUACCAGGUGAGCGAGGAGGGAAUUUAUUGGAAAGAACUGAGCGCAACGACGAACGUGAUCAAGGACGUGUGUUGCAAAAUGAAGGACGACGAAAGUAAUUCCGUGUUUUACGUGAAAGUAUCCUGUAACGAGAUACCAGUAACCACGAGGUCGAGCUGCCAAGUGCCGAAUUACUUAAUAAGCAUCCAUCCUCCUUUUAGCUUCAACAAUCAGCUACCGUUCGUUAUUGACGUUCAUAUACCAGCGAUCAGCUACGAGGUGAAGAUCGAGCCCGGGGAGAGGAUAAACGUGCACUCGUUGAACUGCAACACGGACAUCCAGUUCGUCUUCAAGGUGCAGAAUUACAUGGGCGUGUACUGGAGCGGAACGACGAAACUGUACACGAGCCUGGAGAAGAAGUUCGUCGUGAUGAACGCGGACGGCGAACUGGAGUCGACGAAACCGUUUCUACUGUGCAUAGAACUGUGCAAAAUCACAAGCUGGCACAUUGUCAUACAGUCACAAUAUUGGAUGAUAAACAAAUCCGGAUUGCCUUUGUUCAUCAAGGAAUGUCAGUCCCACGUAGUCAAUGAAAUUCCAGAGGAAGAAUUGAUGGUGUUCUCUCAGAAGAACAAUAAGAAAAGUACAGUCAGAUUGAGAGCUCAUCAGUCUGAAUGGUCCUUGCCCUUUGGACUGGAGGGGAUCACGUCCAUGUCUCUGAUCGUUUGCAAGGACACAGAACGUGGUAGAAAGUACAGGAUCUUGACAGAGAUCGAGAGUUCCCGUCUCUCCCCCAACUUCACCAAAAUCAUCACGUUCCUCCCCUACUUCUACAUCACCAACAAGAUGAAGAGAACGCUCAGGUUCAUGGAGGAGAACGAUCAGGCGGACUUGUGGAACGAUCUGCUCGCUGGUCAAACCAUACCGUUCUGGCCGGUCACGGAAUCGAUGAGGAUGAGGAUCAAAUGGAGGAACAGCCAGUUGGUGUCGCAACAUUUCAGCAUCACGCACCAGGGGAAGACAGUGUUAAGAAUGGACAACGGAUCGGCAGUCAGCGUGGAGAUCAAAGGUGGCGUCAAUUCACCGUACCACGUCACGUUUCAAAAGUACACGGCGGGAGAUAUACCCGUGAGGAUAGACAACUUCUGCGACGAUCUGUUUUUAAAGAUCAGCCAGUGCAAUCUGGGCCAGGUGGUUCUGAUAAAUCCGUUCCAAAGUCUGUUGUACACGUGGGACGAUCCAACGAAGCCCAGAGAGCUCGUUUGGAACGUGUACAACAAUAAAAAGACCGGUUACAACGCAAGAUUCGAGAGGGACGGAUACGGACAAGAAGUCAUACCACUCGUAAUCGUCGACAACUCCAACAACAAAGUGUUGUCCACCUCCGCCUCCUCGUCUAAAUCACCAAACAACAAACUGAUUUGGCUGGAAAGUAAAUCUGGAAGUUUCAACGACGAGGGCAGCAGCAACGAUUGCAACAGCGACGCAAAGUCACCGAUGUUGAAAAACGCGCAGGAAAAGAAGACUAUAGUCUACUGGGUCAGUUACAUGGAGGGAAAUCAGAGGAUCUUGCUGUUCACCCAACAGGAGAGUGUCUUCUUAAAGGCGAAAAGUAUAGUGGACCCCGAGCCCAGCAAGAGGGAAAUAUUUCUUUCUUUUGCUGGUGUUGGAAUCAGCAUUAUGACAAAAACUAACGAAAUUCUAAAAGAAUUAGUAUAUGCCAAUGUAACAGACUCUGCAGCUCAUUGGGAGCUUUAUUUCGACAAAAGGUGGAAGAGUUUGUCCUUGGAGUUGAGCGCUUGGAUAGAGAGCAAAUAUGCACAUUCUAGCAAAAAGGCGCAGCUGGAGAAUUUCAUCGAUGUUGAUCUUGUGAAAAUGCACAUGACCAAACCGUUCUUUGGGAAGUUAAGAAGGACCUAUUCACCGGGAAUUUGGUUACACUGCAGAAAAUCUAUGUCACUGACGUAUUUGCAAGGCUACGUUCACAGGAUACAGAUUGACAAUCAAAUUCGUAAUACCACGUUUCCAGUGAUUCUCUACUCAAACUUGCAAAAGAGCAUCAUCAAUUACACAGGCAAUCAUAAAUUGAAACACUGCGUAGAGUUCACCUGCUUGAAACAGAGGAAACUAAAUUACAACGUUUACAAGAGUAUCUGUGUCAUAGUCAGGGAGUUUGAUCUAAAUUUGCAAGAAGGUUUCCUCCUCUCUUUGAUCGAUCUGAUCCCAAAGAAGCCGGAAACUAAGCACUCUAUCGCUGCGAAGCUAAGAAAAGAUGUUUCCAGCAUCCAUAUUUUGCCUUCCAAUAAAAUCAACCGCCAUUUAUACAAGAAGAUCCAGAAGACAGCGGCCAAGAGGCAGAACGUGAUAGAACACGUGUACAUUUCUCCAAUCCUCAUACGCUUAAUACUGUUGGCUGACACGGAAAGACCUAAUAUUUACAAUGUCAGUGACAUUGCGGAUUACAAGAACAUCGUUCGAUUUAUCUUUGAAUACUCUGAGAAGGGAGGGUCUGAGAAACACGCCGAAUUCAGACUUCCAUAUUAUCAGAGAAACUUUAUUACAGCUGACACUAAUGAAAUUCUGUCAGAUCUGUCACGCUCCUACGUGAUUCAAAGCAUGCAACAAUUUCACGUUUUAAUUCGUUCCACUACAGUCUUGGGGAACCAGUGUGGUUACAACUUCAGAUCACCGGGGGACAAUUUUUAUGAUUCCAACACAUUGAUCUUGUGCGGAGACGAGAUAGCAGAGAAAUUGAGCUACGAGGUGGCGUGUCAGUUGGGCUAUUCCACUUUGGAUACCACUCAAGUAUCAGUCUUUAAUGUCAACAUUGAACCUCGUGCAGUUAAGAUGAAAGAAUCGUGUAUUCAGAAUAAAGACGUACCACCCUUAAACCCAUCGAUUCGUACUUCUUUUUCUACAGAAAUUGAACUAGAAACGUGCAGCUUAGUAACUGCCUUCAUUAGCAGUGUUCAUCAAGAAGAGUUGAAGUAUUUCCUUAGAACUUUGGGAAAGAAAACGUCGAUAUUUUUUAAUACCGAAAGUUCCUCUCUGAAAACUUAUUCAAAAGUAAUAGCGGAUAUUAUGAAAAGGGCACAAGAAAUAGGUCAUAAGUUUAUAUCUCGUAUACGCUUGCCGCGUUAUGUCAAUCCUUACAAGGGAGUUGAAAUAUUCUCGAUGCACAAGGCAAAAGGGAUGCAUCUUCUAAGUGUAAUUAACAAGAAUCCCGGUAUCGAGACGGACGUGUACUGGGCGCAUACUGUCUUGUCAAACGAUGGGAAACACAUAGCCCUUGUUUCGUUGCAGCGGUUGUACUUCAUCGAGAAAGGUUGCACCUGGGGAUCCUUGAACGUGAAAUGGACCUUGGAGACUCAUCAGUUGCUAUCGCCGCCGACGGUUGUUAACAACAGGCUUAUUUUGCACGUGAACAAGGUAAACGAAGACACUCUGUCACCGAUGGUGGACUGGUACCUGGAGAGCGAGGCGACAGACAUUCUGGAAUGGCUGUGCCAGAAAAUAAACAUAGCGAUGAUCUUGAACAUGGAGAACAGUGUAUGUUCAAAGCAAGUUGUAUAAUUGGAAUCCACGCUCUAAAAAGAAAGAUAAUUAUAUAUAUAUAUAUAUUUAAAGAUAGUCAGGCACAAUAAAUUCUCUAACAAACGCAA